AUGCUCUUUUUCUCGCCAGCAAGAGGCCCCCUUGCCUCGAUUGCGAAGGGUCGUCAGCCAAGCCUACUCCGUACGAUGUCGAUGGAAGCCCAAGGGAGAAGAUCCAGCAAGCCGCGGAGACCAGUUCGAGUCAUGGAAGUCUCCCCCCGUGAUGGCCUCCAAAACGAAUCUCAGAUACUUCCCACUGAACUCAAAGUAACAUUAAUCGAAAAGCUAAUCGGCAUCAAUCUCCAAUCUAUCGAAGUCGGAAGUUUCGUCUCUCCCAAGUGGGUGCCCCAAAUGGCCUCUACCUCCGACGUUAUCACACACCCCAGUUUGAAAAACGCUAGAAGGUUGACAACUGUCAGCUUUAGCUGCUUGAUCCCUAACCUUCGUGGAUUUGAAACAUUUGAAAAAUCAAACUCGCCUUCGAGUGCGAAUCAGGCUCCAGUUGUUGAUGAAAUUGCUCUAUUCGCUUCUGCUACCGAAGGUUUCAGCAAGGCAAACAUCAACUCAAGCAUUUCGUCCUCCAUGCAGAGGAUGUCCGAGGUAGCGGAACGAGCGCAAAGUCGAGGAAUAAAGAUCCGAGGAUACGUCAGCUGUGCCUUCGGUUGUCCGUAUGAAGGAAAGGUUGAUCCGAAAAAUGUAGCGGCUGUGACACAAGAUUUAUUUGCGAUCGGAUGUUACGAAGUCGCGAUAUCUGAUACCAUUGGUGUAGGCGUGCCCCGUCAAGUAGAAAAAUGUCUCAAUCAGCUCGCUCGAUCAGGUAUCGAUUUGGGACGGCUAGGAGUACACUGCCACGAUACUUUUGGAACCGGACUGUCCAACAUUUUGACAGCUGUUGAACUGGGCGUUGAGACCGUGGAUUCAAGUAUCGGUGGGAUCGGGGGUUGCCCUUAUUCGCCUGGUUCCACUGGAAAUAUCGCAACCGAGGACGUGGUCUAUGCUUUGGAGUCCUCCGGCUAUCACACCGGCGUGCUCACACCGCCACUUGGGCUUGAGGCGGAACUCGGGAAUGAUGCUAAUUUGUUGGCACGAUUGGAACCUCUGGCGGAAACCGGUGCUUGGAUUAAUGCGCAACUUAAUCGACACAAUUCAAGUAGGGUUGGUAAGGCUAUCUUGGCAAGAGCCCAAAAGGGUAAAAUCAGUUGA